AUGGACUCUGCUGACUAUAACCUUAUUUUGGUGUUGCCAAAUGGUAACAGACUUAGAUUGGAUAUCUCUGAUCAGUUGACAUUCCAACAACUGAAAACUAUUAUUGGUAGAUCAUACGCAGGUCCAAACUACACGAUCUCAUUGUCAUCGGAUAAGAACGAUCAAUCAAAGAUUCUAAAGGCAGUCAACUGGACCAAAGUGCUCACACUCGACAACUUCAAAAAGAUGUAUCCAUUGGGUCUAGUCUCAAACAGCACCAUCGAGUUCAACGAUGGCACUGACUCAUUCAUCGUCAAGUUCUACGUCCAUGCCUAA